UUGCCUGGUAUUGGUCUUUGUCGUCAGUUUGUUUUGUUUAGUGAAGUGGUGUUGGAAUAUAUAGGUUAUGAACUAAGUGCGAUGCAAAUGAUAUAUUACUCAUCCUAUUAGUUUUUGUGUCAAGACAAUCAAAUAAUUUUAAGAGUUUACAAAUUAUAAAAAUGGGAAUAUUUUAAUAUGAAUUGUAAAGUAUGUACUCAAAAUAACACAGCGAAGUACAAGUGUCCAACUUGUAGGAUACCUUACUGCUCUUUGACCUGCUGGAAGCAGCACAAAGGUACCAACUGUUCCCCCGUCGUUGAAUCAGUGAUACCAACCUCUGAAACAUCCAAUCUGUACAACUUUCCAACUGAAGAGACAGUGCCUUUGGAGAAAUUAAAACUUUUGGAGCACAAUCAAGAGCUGAAGAACCUGUUGUGCAACCGGCACCUGAGAGAUCUGCUGAUAGCCUUGGACAAGUCACCCAACCCGAUGGCAGCCAUGCAGCAGGCUAUGCUGGAGCCCAUCUUCGUGGAGUUUGCUGACGAGUGUCUUAAAGUGGUGGAACCUGCAGAAGAGUCCCAAUAG